CCCAAGAAUAUAGCUCUAACAUGGGAUGAACAACCCUUAGUUUACCAAAAUAGAGGCUGAUCAGCUGCAACAGAGGGUUCCCAUCAGGAUCGUGCAGUCUACAGUCUACACCAGAUAUCAGUACAUACAUAAUUGUCAGAGAUGUAUCAUCAUCAACAACAGCUCCAGAGCCACAGCCAUUUCCUAUCUUCCAGGCAGACUUUACCUCUGGAGAGGCACUUGCUUUUGCAAGGAGGAAGUAUUCCAGCAGAGCCAGGGCUCGUGCUUUCAACUGAUGCUAAGCCUAGGUUAAAAUGGACACCUGAACUACAUGAGCGGUUUGCUGAGUCGGUAAAUCAACUUGGUGGACCUGAUAAAGCUACGCCAAAGACAAUCAUGAGACUCAUGGGUGUCCCUGGACUAACACUAUACCACCUUAAGAGUCAUCUUCAGAAAUACAGACUAAGCAAAAACGCCCAUGAUCAAGCAAAUGGGGGGAAUGCAAAAAAAGUGGUUGGCUGCACCAUGGCAAUGGAGAAACCAUCUGAAGGAAAUGGAUCGCCAGUCAGCCAUCCAAACCUUGGAACCCAGGCAAACAAAUCUGUACACAUAGGUGAAGCUCUUCAGAUGCAAAUUGAAGUACAGCAGCGGCUACAUGAGCAGCUAGAGGUACAAAGGCAGUUGCAACUCCGGAUUGAAGCACAAGGAAAGUACCUACAAUCGGUGCUGGAAAAGGCACAGGAGACACUUGCAAAGCAAAAUGCAGGCUCAGUUGGUCUAGAAACUGCGAAGAUGCAGCUGUCAGAAUUAGUCUCAAAAGUAUCAACAGAAUGCCUCCAGCAUGCCUUUACAGGUUUCGAGGAUAUUGAAGGUUCACAAAUGCUACAAGGGCACACCCUGCAACUUGGUGAUGGAUCAAUUGACAGCUGCUUGACUGCUUGCGAGGGCUCACAAAAAGAUCAAGAUAUCCUAUCAAUUAGCCUUUCUGCUCACAAAGGAAAGGAGAUAGGAGGCAUGGCCUUUACUACACAAGCGAGAGAAAGAGGAAGCGAGGAUUUGUUUCUAGACAAGCUAAGCAGGAAACCACCAAGUCUCCAAGAAAGGCGUGAGAUAGAUGGUUUUAGUAUGUCAUGCCAGGCGGCAAAAUUGGAUCUGAAUAUCAAUGACUCAAAUGAUGGGGCACAGACCUGCAAGAAAUUUGACUUGAAUGGGUUCAGCUGGGCCUAGGAAGAGUAGGCAAGCAAUCUUGACAAUUGAUUCAGACUUGUUUUGUAGAGAGUGACAAGUCCAUAAGCUUGUAGCAGCGAGAACAAGUGGAAUGCAAUUAUUCUUACAAAGAUCAGAGACAAUUUCAUAUCUACAAAUUGCAAGAGCUAUGUGAUCCGCGGACCGACGGUGCUGUCGGCCAUCACAGUUCAUUGAAAUAAGUGAUGAAAUGGACAGUAAGUAGGCCAUGUAGAAUAGUAGAGGGUAUUAGAGAACUCGGAGUUCUCCUCCUAUGCUUUGUUGUGACUCUGUACAAUAGAAAUACGACGAAAUUAGUAGAAACCCCAUGUCACUGAUUAAGUGCUUGGACUGACUUUGUCA